CAAACCAUAUCCACCAUUCCAAUAAAGAAAAACAACAAAAUUUCGAACCCCUCCUUGGUUUACUUCAACACUCUCACUACUACUCUCCCAAUUCAACCACCACCAUGACCUCCUUCGCCCUCAAAUCCUUCACCGGACUCCGCCAUUCCUCACCGGAAACCCCUCAUUUCUCCUUCCGACCAAAACCCAUCACACUCCGCCGGAAGUUCAACGUCAUCGCCGGAAUUUCCAGUCCCAAAAUCGAUGGCCGGAACCUCCGUGUAGCAGUCAUUGGCGGAGGUCCGGCAGGCGGCGCAGCCGCCGAGACACUAGCAAAAGGCGGCAUCGAAACCUUCCUCAUCGAACGGAAAAUGGACAACUGCAAACCAUGCGGCGGAGCCAUUCCUCUAUGUAUGGUAGGUGAAUUCGACCUACCACUGGACAUCAUCGACCGCCGUGUGACAAAGAUGAAAAUGAUUUCGCCGUCGAAUGUAGCCGUGGACAUUGGGCGGACACUUAAGCCUCACGAGUACAUUGGGAUGGUCCGGCGUGAGGUGUUAGAUGCUUAUCUUAGAGAGCGGGCGAAGGAAAACGGGGCGAAUAUCAUAAACGGGUUGUUUUUGAAAAUGGAUAUUCCUAAAGAGAAGAACGCGCCUUAUGUACUUCAUUACUCUUCGUAUGAUGGUAAAACUGGUGGUGUUGGUGAAAAAUGUAGAAUGGAAGUUGAUGCUGUUAUUGGAGCUGAUGGAGCUAAUUCUAGGGUUGCUAAGUCUAUUGAUGCUGGUGAUUAUGAAUAUGCUAUUGCUUUUCAGGAGAGGAUAAAAAUUCCAGAUGAUAAAAUGGUAUAUUACGAGGAUCUCGCGGAAAUGUAUGUGGGGGAUGACGUUUCACCAGAUUUCUACGGAUGGGUAUUUCCGAAAUGCGACCACGUUGCUGUUGGCACUGGCACCGUGACACACAAAGGAGACAUCAAGAAGUUCCAACUAGCAACAAGGAAAAGAGCCGAGGACAAGAUCUUAGGAGGGAAGAUCAUCCGUGUGGAGGCUCACCCUAUACCAGAACAUCCAAGGCCACGAAGAUUGUCGGGAAGGGUCGCACUCGUGGGGGAUGCUGCUGGCUAUGUGACCAAAUGUUCCGGCGAAGGAAUCUAUUUUGCAGCCAAGAGUGGACGGAUGUGCGCAGAGGCAAUCGUGCAGGGUUCGCAGAACGGGAAGAGGAUGGUUGAAGAAGGGGAUUUGAGAAAGUAUUUGGAGAAAUGGGACAAGACUUAUUGGCCUACUUACAAGGUUUUGGACAUUCUUCAAAAAGUGUUUUAUCGGUCGAAUCCUGCUAGGGAAGCGUUUGUGGAGAUGUGUGCUGAUGAAUAUGUGCAGAAGAUGACAUUUGAUAGCUAUUUGUACAAAACUGUUGUACCUGGAAAUCCAUUGGAGGAUAUCAAGUUGGCUAUCAACACCAUUGGGAGCUUGGUUAGGGCUAAUGCUCUAAGGAGGGAGAUGGACAAACUUAAUGUAUGAUAGUAGUCUUUAAUUAAUCACUAUCUGUCUGACUUAUAUAUACAUAUUAAUCUAUCCUUCAUUUUUUGCAUUUUGUCGUAAUUAAACAUGAUUUCUUAUAAGUGUUGUUUAUGUGUGUAAGGAAACGGAUUAAAAUUUCAUGUAAUCCCAAUUUAUACUAGUGAUUGGGGUUGAUUGAAAUUUGAAAGCACUUGUAAAAGCAUAGACUUUAGAGUUGAGACACCUUUGCAUGAGGUAAUAUAUCAACUGGUAUUAAUGAUAUUUGAUAUAGCCUUGAAAUACUC